GAUGGGGUUCUAGAUUUGGUCCUCCCUCUCGCCGAGCUUGGGGCGGGGCGCCUGGCUGGUUCGAAGAAAGCGGGGAAGGGGAGGGUGGGUCACAUACAUACAUACAUACAUACAUAUAGCAAGGGGUACAGUUGGGAGGCUUGAGUUCGAAUCCUGCCUCAGACGCCCUCAAGUGCCGAUAAUUACCCAGGCAAAUCAUAUCACUUUCCUCAGCCCCAGUUUCCUUAUCAGUAAAGUGGGAGCUGGAGAAUUAGGAGCAAUGAGAAUGGUCUUUAACUGACAACUCAGGUACAGUACGCUGCACGGGCAGCAGGGGGCGCUCGCAUGCUUAGACGCAGAACUGGCCGUCGCCUCGCAGUUGUAUUGCGCUCCUGCGUAGAGGCAGCACGCUCUCCUUAGCCCGCUGGUCCCGCCCCACACACUGCGCAGGCUCCUUAGGCUCCAGUCAAAGGUGACUUCGUCAGUUACCGGCUGAGCGCAAGUCCGGCGCUCAUCUAGCCAAACUUCCGGACUCGAUCGCCCGUGUAUUUGUCUCGCGAGAUAAAAAGAGCUUCCGGACACAGGUCCCCCGCGGAAACGGCGUGGGAGAGGGCUCAGGAGUGAGAUGUGGCCUCUCCGGACUCAGGGCCCCUGGCGCUUGGCACUGGCCCACCUGCGCCGGGCUGCCCGGCCAUACUCUGGCUCCCAGGGGGCAGGGAGUGGCAGGGGCCCCCCGAGCCUGCGCACCCGGCUGGUGGUCACCGGGCUCUUCGGGACGGGGCUGGCCGUGGUGUGGCUGUCGGCCCGUGCUGAGAAGGAGCGGCGGCAGCAGCUACAGCGGAUGGAGGCCUUGCGCAGCGCGGCCGUGGGCCAGGGCGACUUUCACCUGGUGGACCACACGGGCCAGCCUCGCAGCAAGGCGGACUUCGCGGGCCAGUGGGUGCUCCUCUACUUCGGCUUCACACACUGUCCGGACAUCUGCCCUGAGGAGCUGGAGAAGCUGACCGGGGUGGUGCGCAGGCUCGAAGCCGAGCGGGGGCUGCCUCCUGUGCAGCCCCUCUUCAUUACCGUGGACCCUGAGCGGGAUGACGUGGCUGCCGUGGCACGCUACGUGCGUGAGUUCCACCCGCGGCUGCUGGGGCUGACGGGCACCCCGGAGCAGGUGAGCCAGGCCGGCAAAGCCUACCGGGUCUACUACAGCAAGGGGCCUCAGGACGAGGACAAAGACUACAUAGUGGACCACUCCAUCAUCAUCUACCUGCUCAACCCCGACGGGCUCUUCACCGACUACUACAACCGCAGUAAGACCGAGGAGCAGAUCACGGACAGCGUGCGGAGACACAUGGUCCGAUUCCGCAGUGUGUUCGGCUGAGCCUCCAGGCCCAGCACCGCUGCGCCCCCCACCCCCAGCUUGGCCGGGGGGCCUGCAACCCUGUCCUGCCAGAUACCUUCAUUCUCUGAUAAUGAUACUCUACACAUGCCACUCAACCUGGCAGUGGGAA